AUGGCAGCAUCGGAGUCUUCAACGCCGGAGACACCAGUUGAAGACGUGAAAUUGCGAGAUAUAGCUACAAAGCAGCCUCCAACACUUGACCCCAACCACCACAACGCCUCUGGAGGCGCCACAUGGGCGUCGCAUGGUAAAUCAGGCCUUUCAUUUCUUGGUUCUGGUACACUGCUGGACAAAGACGGUGCGCCGCAACUUGAGUACGUCACUGAAACCAACCUGCCAACAAUGCUGGAGAAGCAAAAUUCACCUGAAAAUAGCAUCAUCAUCGUUCGUGGACUUCUGGACACACAAAAGCCUUCUUGGCCGAGUGCGGAAUCCGAGUACUCAGAAUGGCUGGCCGAACAAGAAGGGCGUGAGGCAAGCAACAUUCUGUUCUUCAAUUACGAUGCAUCCACAAUACUAUCCGGACGUCAUACACGAACCGCGAUCAGAAGCGUAGCACUUGAGCUCUUACACAAGCUCCAAGCGGAAAGGCUCAAGAACACAACGAGUUCACCCAUAAUGUUUGUUGCUCAUGAUAUCGGAGGUACUAUAGUCAAAGAUGCAUUGACUGUCGCUGCGCUGGACCCAAAGUCAUUCGGCGAUGUCUUUGACUUUACUCGAGUCUUGCUAUUCUAUCACUGCCCUCAUCGCUCAAUUGAUCAUCUAGAUAUGGAAGAGAGAUUAUGUCAAUUUCUCUACAGCGGAAAUAAUAGACAUGAGCUACCAAUGCUAGCACGUUCAACCUUUCACCUGGCAAAGGCAGUUGUGGAGGUGAACAACACGUUUCUAGAGUCAAAGCAGAUCUUUGUGUCCUACGUUUUGAGCGUUUACCACUCAAAAAGUUCAAGCUACAAUUCAUUUGAUGAUUUCGCUGGAACGAUGGGAGUGCCGUUCGAGUUUCGUAUCGAGCGCCUUCCCAGUCAAGAUCUCGGUGGUGCCAAGAUUAAGAAGGCAUUAUUUGGUAUUCAACUAGAGUUGGGGGUGAAUGAAAGUAGAAUCAAAAAUAUGCGAGCACUGAUUUCUGCUGCUUCGCCUCUUCAGCCGCUGAAGACUGCCCUUGACACGACAAAUACCUCCUCGUGGAUCACUGAGAACCAAACAUACCAGUCCUGGCGUCAACAAAAAAACCCAAGUAUGCUGUACCUACACGGUGACACCGACAUCAGAGUGGUAUCCGAACACAUAUUCUAUAGCCUCGACCAUCUCCGUCACGAAAACAACGGUCAUAAUGUGCUAUAUUUCUCGUUUGAUCGCUUUGAUGCCAGGCGCGAUACGGUGCAGAACUUGCUUGCCACCUUUCUUGCUCAGAUCACGGGGCAUUUUCAAAGGUUCGCUUUCCAUCUGGACACUGAAUGGCUUGAAUCCCGUGAAAUUGAACGCAACUGGAACUACAAGGAAGUCCUAUGGGCGUUUGAUAAUUAUCUUGGAGAUGAAAGUAUUCAAGAUAUUACGUUUGUCGUCAACUAUUUGGACGAGUGCGAUCCAGUCUCCAGGAAGAUUUUUCUCGAUUUCUUCUUCGACAUCUGUCGGUACCAAAAUUACCAGUGGAAGUGUUUGGUUACCAGUCGCAUUCCCGGAGCCUUGUCAAGCGAGAUAUCGAGUAUUGAUGGCGGCAUCAUAGAUCUGAAACAUAUUGAGACGCCUAUCGAUGAGAUACAGCAGGUAUCCGCUAAUCUGGAGGAUGAACUGAGAAGAUCGCUUCUUGCAAACAACCCAGAGCUACAUUCCUACAAAAGUCACAUAGACCUCGAAUUCUACAGUAUCUCGAACCUAAAACCAGGAACCCGUCGCCUCAUCAUCCGACACAUGUCGGCAGCGGAAGACUGGUCCACACGAAAGACCAUUCAUGAUACAUUUGGUAAUGUUGAAAGUCUAACACUGAGGCUGGUUCUUGAGACCAUUCUUAGCAACACUUCGGAUCAUAAGCUCGUUGGCGAAGUUUUGUGGUGGAUUCUGUGCAGUGCUCGGCCGCCUACGAUUGGGGAGUUGGAAGACGCCCUAGGAUUUUUUGCACAGCCGAACGCUCAAGAUUUCACCGCCCAGUCAAAGUUGCUCUUGGUCAAUGAAGUCCUUGAGUCUCUUGCUGGCGUCGUUUCUUGUGAGAAUAACGAGAUUCAAAUCGAGCAGCUUGAGAUACGAAAUCUCUUGACAACUGAAGUCAAUGAAGGCGCCGCAUUUGGCUUCUCAAGUGAUAAUGGAAAGAAAGCCCACGAAUUCAUUUCUCGGACAUUGCUCAAAUAUCUACGAAGCGAUGUAGCGGGAGAGAGAUUGAUGGCGUUGAAUCAGGAUUCGAAGCACAGAGGGACUCGCGUGGCAGUAUCUUGCGACCGCACUAAUCUGUGUAGUUAUUCUGUCAAAUUCUUGCUCUAUCAUCUUGGAAAAGCUAUCGAAGAUCCCGGUUGUGAGAUAAGGCAAGACCUCGAUCUAUUCGUCAAAUCUGCCAAUAUGCAGCCUUGGCUGAUAUCGUUUUGGGCUAUGGAACACCCGGUCACAAGGAGUCAAGAGCCAUACACGACCAUCUAUCCAAUCUUGGCAGGCGCUGGAUUGCUCGAGCAAGCUGACUCAUUGGUGGAUAUUGAAAAAGACACAGGUGCAGGCAUGAUUGAGGCUUGCCUCCAUGGUCAUUUUGAUGCCACCCUCGAGCUCUUGUCCCGUAACCCGCACUCAACCAAGUCUCUAAAAGCUCUUCUCACCGUGGCAGGGUCGACUGAGAACGAGUCAGGCUGGCUUCGAAUUAUCGAAUACAUCAAGAUCAAUCAUUCCGAUUUUCCCUGGCAGAGCCAAGAAGCUUUGGUGAGGCGGGCGGCUGAAAUUGGGCUCAGCAGCGUUCUCAGAGCCUUGAUUAUUGCCAAGUGCCCAGUGGAAGGUAAACUGCCAUUGGCCAAAUUCUACAGAACACCCCUAAUGCGCGCUGCUCGUCACAACCAAGCCGACAUAGUGACGAUAUUGCUGGAGCAUGGUGCAAAUCCAAACUUUCAAGAGCAUGCAGGAUGGACAGCAUUGCACUUUGCUGCGUUGCGGGGAAGCUCAGACGUCAUCGAACUAUUGUAUCGCGGCAAAGCAGACUUGGAGAGCAAGAACCAUGAUUUCCAAACCCCAUUGCAUCUGGCAUGCUUGUGGGGUCACUUUCGGGCUACCAAAAUCCUGCUCUCGCUCGGAGCAAACCCAAACACCAGCACCUCUAACGACCCAGAUCGAUCGGGUUGGACUCCCCUAACGGGGGCAAUAGAUAAUAGUAAUACGGAUUGUGCUCGACUGCUCAUCGAAAGCAACGCAGAUUUGGGAAUGACAAGCAUUGCCGGCAGUGCGCUUGCCAUCGCCAUUCGCACCCAUCAAUAUCGCCGACUUGAUAUCCUGAGACUCCUCAUUGAACAUAAGGCCGAUGUCAAUGAGGUCGCUUCUGUCGAUAAUCCUCCACUCAUCCAGGCAAGCUGGCUGGAACGCCCGGAGAAUCUUGAUGUUGUAGACCUGUUACUUCGCAACGGGGCAGACGUCAACAGAAGAAGCCUGCAAGGGGCAAGGCCUAUAGAGAUAGCAGUGACGGAAAGUGAUACAGCGCUUGUCCGCCGGUUUCUAGAAGAGAAAGACGUGGAGUUGGAACCUGUCCUCGGUAGUACUUGGACGCCUCUAUCAUUGGCGCGGGGCAAUGCCGAGAUCAUACAGUUGCUCCUUGAAGCAGGCGCAAACCCGAACGCUGCUCCCGAGAACGAGGAACUCCCAAUCAUGAGUGCUGUAAGGGACAACAGUGUUGAGGCUGCAAGACUUUUGAUUGAUCACGGGGCAGUCAUUGACCCCCCCGAAAUCUUUGAUGAUAAGUGGGAACCUUUGGAAUGGGCAGCAACAUUCGGCAAAGCUGAUAUGAUUCGAACCUUGUGCGAUAGUGGAGCGGACAAAGACCGACAAUGGAGGAACGGAACGACCCUCGUACAUAAGGCUACGGUGGAAGCUGGCCUGGGCGCACUCCUUGAGUUUCGUCCUAACGUCAAUAUUCAGGAUGACUGGGGCGAUACGCCUCUGCACGAGAUCAACUCCUCAACAUCUUUGGAGAACGUCAAGUUGCUGGUUCGCGCCGGAGCUGAUAUCAAUGUUGCCAACAAGAAUAAUAUCACACCCCUAGCGAAAGCUAUCUAUGUUGGGCACAAGGCAGCUGUUCAAUUUUUUCUUUCAAAAAAGCCGAAGGUAAACAUGGCAUCGCCCGACUGGGGUGGGCCCCUUCAUGUUGCAUGUUACUAUGGCAAGGUUGAAAUUGCUGAAGAUUUGAUCAAGGCUGGUGCGGAUGUUGAUCUAGCUGUCCCACGCAUGGCUGGCACGCCACUCAUGUCCGUUUUCACUGGCCCUGGGGAACAAUCAAAUCAACACGAUGAUAAGCUCAAGACUUGUCUGAUUGAUUUGCUGCUUGAAUCAGGCGCAGACAUCGCAGCAACUGCCAAUAUGUUUGGCAGUAUCGUUGGAGCUGCAGCCUUUGGUGGUAGUGUAGCUAUGCUCAAUCUGGUGUUAUCACGCGGGGGUCAAGCAGGAGUUGUUGACGUGAUGGGCCGACUUCCACUACAUUAUGCAGCAUUGCGUGGCGAUCUGGACCGGGUUGAUUUACUCCUUGAUGCGGGCGAAGAUCCCACAUCUGUAGACUGCAUUGGACGGAAUGCCCUAUUUUGGGCCAUCCAGGGUGGUAGUCUGGAGGUAAUCGAUCGGAUAUUGGAGAAGGUUGACAAGAAAUGCCUUGAUCAACAAGACAAAGACGGAUGGACUCCAUUGUGCUGGGCAGCGAGGGGCUGCGGCGCAACUGAGAAGAUUCGACAAGUUGACGAAGAGACUCAGUACAAAGUCCUUGAAAUGCUUCUGGUAGACCAUGCUCGACUGAGGGUCGUGACUACGCUUCCAGAUCGACAAUGGACGCCGCUGGAUAUUGCAAAAUACCAUGGCCGUCCUGAAAAUGUCCUUGAUCUUCUGAUACCGAAGAUUCCAGACGCCCUGGACGCCCUCGACAAUCAGAGUGAAGUGCUGGACCUUCCAGUUUCGCGUGUUCUAAACAGCUGGAGAACAUGGUGCGACUAUUGCUUUCAUCACAUUUCUGGCAUCCAGUAUGCCUGUAGCUUGUGCAAGGACUUUCAUCUGUGCUACAAGUGCUAUAAUUCACGGGGCAUCCUCCACGAUAAAGAUCACGAAUUCACUGCCAAUGGGCCAGAGUACACUACAAAGACACCCUCGGAGCAUUCAAGCGCUUCGAGCGAAAUUGUUAGCGAGUCCAUCAGCGCAUCAUCCGCAAGCGAGCCCAAUGACACAAUAUCAAUCCAUGACGAUAAUGACGAAGAUGACGACAAUGAUAAUGACGAUGACGAGGAAUAA